AUGGAAGCCUUGGUCUGUGCGUUCUCUGAGCUGCGCAUAAGAGAAGAUUCAGUGAGCUGGGCCCAAGGACUCCCCAGUCACCCUGACACACCAUCCAACAUCUAUGAGGGAGGGCUGGGGGCCCAGCAGCAGCAGUGCCCCGGUGCCCAGGGAAGCAAGCCCAAGAACUUCCGGCUACGCCACCUCCGAGGUCUGGCACUCUACCUGCCAGGCCACAUGCAGCCCGCUGGCCAGUGUGAGAGCCACUGGCUGGGCCGGCUCAUGACAGGGGGGUGCCUUCCAUGGACCGAGGGCAUGGCCUGGCCCCUGGCUCUGCCACAAGAGACUCUGAACCCAGGUAACAGCCACUGCUCAACCCUUCCGGAUGCUCAACUGCCCAGGGACAGCCCGGGAAAUACAGCAUCCAGUUCCAGCAUGGAUCCAGCUAAGGAUGCCCCCUCCCAGCCUGGUACCCCUGAAGUCUUGGGGUUCAGGCCCAAGAGGUCCUGUGAGGUCUCAGAGGAGUACACCUGUCCACUGUGCAAGAGAAUCCGCUCUGGAGCUCUGGAGAGGCCAUAG